AUUCUUAAUCUCAACGAUCUCCUUGCUAAUCUUCGCUAAUCAAUUUCGUUCGGAGUUGUGCGCUUUUGAUGUAUUAAUUCAGUAAAUAUGCCAUUACUAAUUAUCAUUUUUCUUUUUAACAUGUACCGUUCUUAAUCGUAGAGAGAAGUUCGGAAAAUAUUGCGAUCUCGAUAGACUGUCUAAAAAUGAGUUAUCGUGGAAAUUCCGUCCGUUAAAAAUCCGUACAAAAUCGAAGGAAUAUCUCGUGUAUAUAGCUGCUCCGAAGGAGAUUCUUAUCUUAACUCGAUAAAAGCAAGGGCAAUCUUUAGCUACUCAACAAUAUUCAAUUUUAUCGGAAUAAAGCACUCGAAAUCUAACACCUUGUAUUGACAUUUCUCGUCCUAAUUCAGCGUCAUCGAUAUUCUCAAUCAGUGACCAAACUUUGUGCCCAACUGUUAUUAAUCAGUUAUUAAUGUCCGAAUACAGACAAGCGUUUGGGGAAAAAUCCGUAGAAGUAACAUUUUGGAGAUUUUUUUCUUUUUGUAAAUAACAGAUUUCCAUUCUGUUCGUUGUGACUAUUAAUGUGGAGGUAUAAGCCACGCGCGUAAUUCGAGGACGCGCGAUCGCGCCUGUGUGAAAUGUGCAAAUACUAAUUUCUCGGCGAAGAGGAAAACACCUGUUAUUACUUUUUUUCCUCGGAUGUGAGGUAACCGAGGAAGAAAAAAAAAUGGCUGAGAUCGAAUUGUCAGUCUCACAGGAGUCUAAAACGCGCACAAAUGCAGCCUCUACGCAAACGUCAGUGCGACCUGUAGUUCCUGUAAAAAUGACACGGUCAUAUAAAAAGGUUGUGAUCAUCUCAACCGUCGGUUUAGUAAUCAUGAUUCUUGGCAUAAUCACAGGAUCACUUUGGACCACUACGCUAUAUGACUUGCUGUUUGCAAACCUGUUCAUAUUAACGAAAACGUCUCUCACUUACGGUCUGUGGGUGGAAACUCCUAUUCCGAUGUACGUCAAAUUCUACAUGUUCAAUUGGACCAAUCCACGGGAGUUUUAUGCGUCGUCAGAUGUGAAACCGCAUUUUCAAGAAUUGGGGCCUUACGUUUUUCGAGAAGUCGAUUACAAAACGAAUCAAGUGUGGAACGACAAUGGAACUGUUACGUUUCAAAGGAGGAAAGUUUGGCACUUUGAGGAGAGCCUGUCGAACGGGAGUCUGACCGACGAAAUUACAAACUUAAAUCCGAUAGUUGCGACGGUUGCGUCCUCGAUGAAACAUAAGCCUGUGUUGGUGCGCAAGCUGGUCGACGGAGUUAUGGUGCGUUUAGGGGAGAAGCUAGCAAUAACUAAAACCGUGAACGCGCUGAUAUUCGAAGGAUUCAACGACACGUUGUUGGACAUUGCACGAAAGAUGAACAUGACCACUCUACCUUAUUCCAAGUUCGGCUGGUUCUACGCGAGAAACAACUCGGAUUCCUACGAUGGCACAUUCAGCAUGUUAACUGGAGCGACUAAUAUAUACGAUAUGGGAAUACUCAAAGAAUGGAACUUUAGUAAUCAAACAAAUAAUUACAAGAGUUCGUGCGGUGCGAUACACGGAACGUUGGGAGAUUUUUGGCCACCCUUAUCGAAUAACGAAACGGUUUCUAUAUUCGUCCCUGACAUUUGCACGACUUUGGACUUUUCUUACGAAAACACAACGAAAGUUGAAGGUCUAACAGGAAAUAAGUAUAUCGGAAGAGAAUCUAUGCUCGAUAAUGGUAAAUCCGUACCGUCGAGACAAUGCUAUUGUCCCGAUGGGGGUUGUGGACCUAGUGGAACGUUAAAUAUUUCAACUUGCAAAUUUGGGGCGCCGGCUUUCGUUAGUAUGCCGCACUUUUAUCUGGCGGAUCCGAAUUACAGGGUGAACAUAUCGGGAAUGACGCCAGACAGAUCAAAGCACGAACUGACGCUGGUCCUGGAACCGACCACAGGUAUCCCACUGACAGUGAAGGCGCAGUUGCAGCUAAAUAUAUUGCUGGAACCGGUGUCUAAUAUGAGCAUGUUUGAGAAUAUAAAGAAGACCUACAUCCCGAUACUGUGGUUUUCUCAACAGGCCAAUUUAACUGCCAGUUACGCGAGCCAAGUAAAACUACUCUUAACUCUUCCGUCGCUAGGCACUGUAACCUUUUUCGGUAUAGCCGGAAUCGGAAUUUUGCUAUUCUUUAUUGGCGUCUUCGUUUAUGUAAGGAAAAGAUGGCGGGGAGAGGAAAGCCAAGUAUUAAUAUCGAAAUACGAUGGCGACGUUAGAACACGAGACGAAAUUUAGUAAUUGUCUUCUUACGGGCGUGAUUGUUACACGUCCGAAAUUUUUAUUAAUUUUAAUUAAUUUGUACAUUCACAUUAUUACUUGUAUUUUUAAUUAUUUUCAUUAAUUUACAAGAUACAAUGUAAAGGGCAUAACAAAUUUUUAAAAUGAUUGAAAGUAGUUGAGCAAAUUAAAAUUCUCGAUGGUGCUCUGAUCGCGCGUCCUGGCCACGCGCGAUGUGGGGAGCUUGUGACAGCGUGAGAUCCUCUCCAUCGACAUAUAGGAAUAGAAUGGACUGCUGAUGACAGUGGUGAGACUAGAGUCUUCUACCAUGCUUGUAACAGCGUGAGAUCCCCCCCAUCGACAUAUAGAAUGGACUGCUGAUAACAGUGAUGACUGAUGAGACUAGAGUCACUAGAGUCUAUAUUUUUACGUGCCAUAAACAAACUAUAGAAACUAAGAGCGACAGUUAAAUGUAAUUUUUGUAAUUUGUCACUGAAGAUAAGCUAAGAAAGAUAGCCGAAACGUUUGAUUUUAGAAUAAAGUAAAUUUCAUGUAAAUUAAA